AUGAUUUAUGAAUGUGCAGAAGAACAUAAAAAAGCUGGACACCUUCUUUUGCAACAUAUGAGCAAUGAUACAGAAAUAUGUCAUUGCGGUGAUAUAUUUUUAGAAAAGUCGAAGAUUAAAGUAUGUCAUAUCCAUCAACAUAAUUCAAUUCAAGUUAAUGCAUCAGAUGAAUCAAGAACUACUGAGGAAAUUAAUGCUAUUAAAAAAAAUGUUGAAGAAAUAUUUAAUAGAAUUGAAAUUAUGGCUCAACUUGUUAUUCCAGAAAUGGUUAUUCAAAUGUGUGAUAAAAUUCUUGAUGUUCUUUCUAAAAGAUAUGAACCAGAUAUUAGAGUUUUUGUUUUACAUAUUGUCAGAUGGUUAAAUAGAGUUAUUAGAAUAAAUCCAAUAAGAAAAGUUAUUAAAGAAGUAUUUAAAACAAAGAUUAAAACAAAUGGUAGGUUCUUAUUAACUAAUUCAAUUGAAGAAUAUCAAAAAAAUAAUUGUUUGUAUGUAAAAAGAAGAAGUCAAACUGAGUUAAUUAAUACUGAAGUAACUGCACAUGAAAUAUUUCUAAAUCUUUGUAUUAUGAAUCAACCAACAAGUUCAUAUGUAGCAAGACUAUUAUAUUUAAUUUUAGAUGAAGAAAAUAAAAAUGACUUUCUUCCAGAAUAUCGUAGGGCAUAUGCAACAGUAGCUUUUCAUGGAACAUAUUUACCAAAACAUUUAGGUAUUCUAUUAGAUACUAUUGAUAUUAAAACAAUCAUUCCUCAUAUUUUAAAUUUAUUAAUUGUUGUUAUAAAUGAAAAAAAACCUUUAAAAGAUAGAAAUGCUAUGAGUCAAUUUGUUUCAUGGUUAUUAGCUGAUGAAGAUAAUAUUCUUGAUAUUAUUCAAAACGAAAAUAAUUUGACUACAUUUAUUGAACUAUGUGAUCAACUUACUUUCUAUCCAACUCCAUUAGACAAAACAACUAGUUCUGUAAUGAAAUUAUUCCAUCCCAUAUUUAUUGCCGUUAUGACACGAAUUCAAAUUGUUUCUUUUAAAGAUUCAUUUCAACGAAACAAUGAAGAAGAAAAUAAUUCAGAAAAUGAAUUAAUUAAAAUGCAUAGAAGAGUGUCUUUACUUAUUGGAAAAUAUUUAAAAGAACAUGCAGAAAAUAUUGUAAAUACAUUAAAUAAAAUUGUUUUUGGAAGAGACCAAGGAAAAACUCAAAUGAAUAGGUCUGUAAUUCCAUCCCAUUAUUAUUUAUUCAGUCUUAUUGGAUGGAUUGCAAACCAACUAAUGAUUCAACCUAUUCCAAAUGAAUUAACUAAUGACGUAUUUCAAUUCCUUGAAAUUGGAACUAAUGAAGAUAUUAAAAUUUAUCUUCAAUUCUCUUAUUUGAUUUAUACUAUAUCACAUGAUAAAAUUUAUUUUACAAGUAUUCUUGAACUUAAAAAUAACAAAGCUCCUCAAUGUGAAGUUCAAGAUUAUUUUGGUGAAUUGACUUAUCCAAUUCUUUAUUCUACAUUAAUAUUUGUUUCUCAUGCUUGUCUUCUUUCAUUAGGUGCAAAUAGAUUUGUUGAUUUUUUAAGAGAAAUCGCUUAUGUUCAAGAAGACAACCUUACUAACCAAGAACUUUGUGUAAAUGCAGUAAUUCUUGACUUUAUUAAUGUCAUUUGUACGUUUAGUAGAUUUGGUCAAACACCAGAAGUAAAUGAGACUGGUUUUCUUAAUUAUUACCUUUAUAAUAUAAAACUUUGUACUCCAGCUAAUUCAGUUAAUAGUCAAGUCAAAGAAUAUAUUGGAAAUGCUUUACUUAUGGCGGAACAAACAAAUAAUACUCAAAAAAUUCUUACAAAGAAUGCUGUCCCAAUAAUGAAAUCAAGUAUCAAAAUCACUCGUCCAACAAGUAAAUCUUCAAAUGAUAGAAUGUGUUUAAAGAAAUACAAAGGUGAAUGGUCCAAGAAAAGUAUAGAUUCAAGACUUUCUAUGUCUAUUAUGAAAACAACUUUUGAAAAAUCAUUUAAGAAAACUGUUUCAACCAAAGAAGAAAGUACUUUUAGUAAACACGAUAUUACCCAAGACUUAUUAACUAAUUCUGACAUAACGAUUUAUCAAUUUAGAAAAAAGUGUGACAAUGAACCACUUGGAAUUGAUCAAAGUAUAGAAGUUAAGAAAGAAGAAACUACAAAAGAAGAAUAUCAAAAAAUGAUGAUAAAAUUACGUAUGGAACAAAAAAGUAUGACUGAAAUCAAAAUAGAUCAAACUUCAUUUGAAUGGCCUGAAGUAGCCAUUGACCCUACUAAACGAAUAAACCAACCAGAUUUUUUCUUUCCAUUUGUCAAUGCCAGUUGUUCAAUUUCAUUUAAAAUUAAUGUGAUUAAUAAAUUCUUAUUAGAACCAAUUUCACAAGGAAGAAGAGAAGCAUUUUUAUCAUUCUUAAAUCCUCGUUUUACAAUUGGUAAUUUUUGUGUUAAUCUUCAAUCAAGAAUCAAUGACUUAUUGAGCGAUAAAAACUUGAAUAAUGGAUUAUUAUCUAAAACUAAAAUGAUUAACACUACAAAUUAUAUUUUCAUUUUAAGGUUUUUAUGGAUUUUAAUUGUUCAUCGUAGAGCACGUGGUAUUACAACUAAUGACAUCUUUUUAAAUCCUCAUUUUGUUAAGUUACUUUGUACAUGUUAUGGUUAUUUCUUUGCAGACAUUUUUAUGCUCAUUCCUGAAAACAGUGUGGAAGGUCUUUUAAGAGAUAUCACAGAAUUAUUUUCUAAAGAACCUUUCAUUGUUCCUGUUACAAUGUCAAGAACAGAAAAAGUAAUUCAUCCAAUUAAAUAUUUUAUAAGAGCCAUCUUAAAGAAUCCUAUUUCAGCUUUCUUCUUUAUAGAUGAAAAAGGUCAAAAGAAAAUAGCAGAAAUUAAUCCAUUAAGUACAGGAAUCACUUCACUUUUUAAUGAAAUUGCAAGUCAAGUGUUAGUUUCUAAGAAAAAAAAGUAA